AUGACCUUUGCUAGUGGUUGUUUAAUAACUAGUACAAAUAAAAUAUCUUAUUCAAAAAUAUUGGUUGAUUUUUGCGAUCCUGCUUCUGAUAAACUUUUGUCAUUAUUGAAUCAUGAAAAAAUAGUAUUUUCAGCUAAAAUACUUCAACGUGGUUUAGCAAAAGAAAAUAUUGAUGAACAUACUGAACUCAAAGAUACUGAUACAGAUCUUGCUUUAUUAAUGUUGGACAAUAAAACACCAAACAUGACAAAAGAUCAAUAUUUUAAUCCAAAAUUUGAUUUCGUUUCAUCAAAACCAGGUGAUAUUCCUAUCAAUUCAAACCUAUAUCUUGUGGGAUACAAUGGUGAAUUACUUGAACAAAAGGACUUAGCAACAUAUAGAUAUUUAGAAGAUUUCAAUAAUACAACGAUUUACCAAUUGAAUCGCUGUCAUCAUGUUAAUUAUAAGUGUAAUAAAUAUGUUUCAAUAAAUUCACAUCAAUUUCAAACAUUUAUUGGUGAAACAAUUUUACCAAAUAUAAAAAAUGAUAAAGUAAUUAAAAAAUGAUUAUUUGAUUCUAUGUAAAAGAAAAGCAAACUUGUUCUCUAUUUGUAUUUAUUUUGUUGUUCUUUACAUUAGCUUUUUACAUGUUGUAAAUAUUUCUUCUUUAUCUAUUAAUCAUGCAUAUUUUUGUUCUCAUAAAAAAUCUAUAUAAUAUAAUAUGUUUUUCUCUCUUUUUAUAAUUCAUCAUUAUCGUUUAUUUCUAGAAAAAUAAUUGUUUAUCAGAGAUGCCCAUGGGGUAGGAUAACCCUGCCCUGCUUUAGGAUAGUAAGGUAGCACAGGGUGCAUGAGAGGACAGGGUGAGACCUUCAUACCCUAUAAAUUUGGACAGUCACUUUCUGAGUUUUCAUUUUUGAAAAAAGUGUUUUUUUUUGUCUUUGCGCCUCAAAAACCGAAAAUGAGUUGCAGAAGACAGUACCAGUCGUUCAGUUUUGUCUAUUCCUGCAACAACAAAUAACGUAGAAAGAGAGAUCUUUUUUUCUUUUUGACAUAACACUUUUAUUCAUCCGAUAAGAGUUACCAAUUUUCAAUUCAAUAUAAAAACGUAGAAGACGCGUUUCCUCUGCCACACAUCCUAUGGUAUAUAUUGACCAUACGAGAAACGACAUGUAUAAAAGCGAAAUACGAAAAGAAAAUGUUGUAGCAAGUAGAAGCAGGUCAUACCUGUAAAGUUCAUGUUAUAUAGAAUACAGUGCCAUAAUCAAAUCAUUUUGAUUACAUUAUUAUAAUAGUAGGCGAACAAAAAGCAAUCGAGAAAGAUAGAGAGAUAAGAAACAAAUAAUAGUUAUCAAGACAUCUUCCACUUUUAGUACUCUACAUUUCUUUAAAACAUCUAUAUACUUUUGAAUAAAAUUUUUUAAAUCAACAUGAGAUUUUUUUGAAAAUAGUCUUUUGACAUUCUUUUUCUUAUUGAUAGUAGCAGUCGUUCUUUUUGUUGAACUUUUUUCAGAUCAAUGUCUAUUGUAAAGUUUGUGAGCCUAGGUUGUGUAUAUUAUGCCAUUUACUUGUCUUACGUCUGGGAAUAUUCAUGCAUUUUGUUAGUUCAACUAUUAGUUAUUUAUAUUGUGAAAUACAGGGUGGCGCAAAAGUUAGUUUACCGAAAAAAAACUCGAAUAUCUCCAUUAUGGCUGAAGCAAACGAGCUGAUUUUUGUGUACUCAAAAAGUGAGUACACUCUAGAAUCGGUCAGUGUGUCCGGCCGUUAACACGAUAACUUUUAAAAGGAGACUCCAAUCGCGAUGAAAUUUUCUACACAGUUUAGUCUCAACAAUAUCUCGGUCGAGUUCGAAGAUGAGAAUGAUUGGCCGGGCCAUUGCUGAGUUAUUGCAAAAAUAGUUAUUUUUCCCUAUGCUUUCCUAUGAGAAGAUCGACCUGUCUCCGCUUUCGUAAAAAAAUUUUCCUAUCAUAGUCAACUAAAACCCCAACUAUUAUAUACCAUUCGAUAGAGAAUUUUACGAG